AUGGGUGCGUCCCCUUUAAAGCUGGAGCGGUGCCCCCACAGUUCCCUCUGGAAUGCGAGGUGCUUCUGGGCUGGCCUCCUGGCCCUGACCAUCCUCCUGCUGGCCUGUUUCCUGCAAAUGGACAUGGGACUACUCAUGCCCCUACUCGACGAUGAGGACCAGGGUCUGCCUAUCACCAAUGUCAUGUUCCUCAAGACGCACAAGACAGCCAGCAGCUCGGUACUCAAUGUGCUCUACAGAUUCGCUGAGACACACAACCUGUCUGUGGCCCUACCUGCUGGCUCGAACUACCACCUGGGCUACCCUUAUCUCUUCCUAGCACGCUAUGUGGAGGACACGAAGUCCCACCGGCGCUUCAACAUCAUGUGCAACCACCUGCGCUUUUACCAGUCAGAGGUGCAGAGGGUGAUGCACCAGGACGCUUUCUACUUCACCAUCCUCAGGAACCCCGUGUCCCAGCUCGAAUCCUCCUUCACCUACUAUCACCGAGCCGUGCCGGCCUUUCAGCAGGUGGCCAGCCUGGACGCCUUCCUGGAGGCGCCGCACACCUUCUACAACGCCAGUGCUGGGCUGCUCAACGCACACGCGCGAAACAAUAUGUGGUUCGACUUGGGUUUUGACCCCAAUGGCCCCGCGCAGCAGGAGGGCUACGUGGGGGCGCACCUGGCCGAGGUGGAGCGGCGCUUCCAACUGGUGCUCAUCUCCGAGCACUUCGACGAGUCCAUGGUCCUGCUGCGGCACCUCCUGCGCUGGCGGCUGGACGACGUGGUGUCGUUCCGAGUCAACGCGCGCAGCCGCGGCUCCGUCGCCCGCCUGUCGCCCGAGACCCGCGAGCGUGCGCGGCGCUGGUGCGCGCUCGACUGGCGCCUGUACCAGCACUUCAACCGCACCUUCUGGGCGCGCGCGCUGGCCGAGCUGGGCCCCAAGCGGCUGCGGCGCGACGUGCAGCGGCUCCGGGCGCGCCGGAGCGAGCUCUCAGAGCGGUGCCUGCUCGGAGGCGCAUCCCCGAACUGGACGCAAACAACCGACUGGCACCUGCGCCCCUACCAGUCGGGCGACGCCCACAUCCUGGGCUUCAGCCUCCGGUCCGACCUGGACAACGCCACGCAGCUCCUGUGUCAGAGGAUGGCCAUGCCCGAGCUCCAGUACAUGGCCCAUCUGUACAGCCUGCAGUUUCCGCAAAAACCUCGCAAGCGGGUGGACCUCCUUGUAUAGAGGCCCCUGUUCCAGCUCCACCCUUCCCCUGUCAUUCCUGGGGAUGAGGUGGAGGGACCAAG